CUCUCACUCUUCCACCUUUGUCGCCUUCUUUCCACAAUCCCUUAUACUCUCUCGGAUCCCUAUUCUUGGACCUGUCCGUGAAACUCAGGGUCUCUUUAUAUAUCUUCAGGUGGAAUUCGUUGGAUACAAAUGGAAGCCUACAUCACCACUGCGCGAUUUCUCCUGGAGAGUAGCCGAUGGGUUUGUAUCCCCUCGAUCCGACUCCGAGGAAUGGGUUCUGAGUUGCUUAGAAAGCGCAUAUUCUAGCCCUGUUUUCAAUGAUGAAGCUGAACAUGGUGACUUCCUUAAAGCGAAGAAUAUGGGAUCCCUACUGGGAAGAAAGCCCUAAUCAACUCAUGGAACUGGGAUGAUCUUUUGUGCAAGAUUCGAUCGAGGGCCAUUGUCUUAGUCCAUCUCCCAGUUGAGCAAAAAUAAAAAACAAAAUACUACGGUUAUACAAAUAGGGCUUGGCUAUGGGGGUUGGCUAGAUUUGAUUUAUCACUGUGUCUGCAAGACAAGCCUAUUUUUUUUUUUUUCAGCAUGAGAAACUGGAUCUUGAGGUUUGAAGGAAUGGACACCCCAAUACAUGAAGUGCCCAUAUCCCUUUGAUUAGACUAAUCAAAAUAUCAACACAAGGAUCGCUUUCAAAUUGUAAUAAAAUACGCAAAGUUUUGGAUGGUUUCAACAUAUUUGCUUGCACGUCCUCUCUAUUAAACUAAUAUUCCACUGGCCAUCUGUCACAUUAGGACCCAUUUCUUAUUGCUAUAUCUCUCCUUCUUCCUCUCUUCCUCCAAACUCUAUCUUUAAGCCGUCUUGCAGGCCAUAAGAUCACCUUCACGGUCACCACCAUCAUCAUCAUUAUCAUAAUACUGGCAACAAUUCAGACCCACCCAAUUUCAGUCCAACUGCCUGCAACUUCUAAGUGCUUCCUAACAUGGACGGCGGGUUCAGAGGCAUCCAUGUGUAAUUGAGCAAGAAGAGGACGAAAAUUCGCCCGAGAAAAGCGGAGAUUCGCCUGGCUCCGGCGUGUCCAACGACAACAAGAUGGCCUCCUCUUCCUCCCCUAAGAGAAGGCGCGGCAUAGAGAAAAGAGUGGUCUCAGUGCCCAUCAGAGACGUUGAAGGGUCAAGGCUGAGAGGCGACGGUGCUCCGCCGUCGAUCGAUCGAUGGGCUUGGCGGAAGUACGGCCAAAAACCCAUCAAAGGGUCACCUUACCCCAGAGGGUACUACAGAUGCAGUAGCUCCAAGGGCUGCCCGGCCAGAAAACAAGUAGAGAGAAGCCGCGCGGAUCCCAACAUGGUGGUUGUUACGUAUUCGUGCGAGCAUAACCACCCUUGGCCGGCCGCCAGAAACACCCACCACCACAACAAUCAAGAGACCUCCACCGCCGACGCUAUACCGGUACAAUCAACUGUAUCUUCGAAAAACACGACGGCCUGUGAAAGUCGAUUGCAGCUUGAGCCAGACGAGAAGUUUGCCAAUUUGGGAGAAGCGAAUCUGAUCGGAGGGUACGAAUUCAACUCGUUUUCCGACUGGGAAGUUGAGGCGGCGGCGGCGGCAACGACGACGUCUACCUGGCUGGAGAGUCCAAGAAUGGGUGAAGGGGCGAUGAAGGAGGAGGACGAGUGGCUGUUCGCAGACCUGGAGGAGCUGCCGGAGUGCUCGGCAGUGUUCCGGCGGCGGGUGUUGGAGAGGGCGGAGGAGGAGUGCCGGCGGUGCAAUUUAGCCACUACAGGGUGAGAUCUGCUGCCACGUCGGGGUACGCCGCAUGAACAACCAUGGAGCAGCUCAAUAACCAUGGGGUGCUUUUUCCUUUAUUUUACUUCUUCUUUUUUUUUUUAUAUAUUUGACUUAGAUGUCUUAAGUCUUAACCUGUGUAACGUGGAGUGGAGUGGAGUGUGUUAACCAAUAAAAGGUCGCCACCGCCCGCUUUGAUCA